CAACUUUUUUAGAUCCUUUUUUCGAUAAGGCGACUACUGAUAACGAAAAUUAUUCACAUGGACUGGCCCAAGUAGGGUUUUCUGUUCAUUUUUUAAAGAAUGAACCUGAUACAUUAAUAAUGGGAAGUCCAGGGUAUUACCUCAGUGGAUCGUCUUUAAAUUACAACAUAUCCAGUAAGAAAUCAGUAAAUCACAUCAACAAAAAAAGCAAUUUAUAUGGAUAUUCAGUUUCGUCCGGAAAUUUUUACAACGAAAAACGUACCAACUUUAUAAAGUCGUCUCCCUUUGCUGGAGAAGUAACGAUAUUCAACAAGCCACAUACAAACGGCGAUAUGAGGAAAUUUAGUAGGAAAAUAGAGGAAAUAAAAAGUGAUAAAGUGGGCGUGGGGUUCGGGUACUGCCUUGCCACUGGAGACAUAGACGCCGACCAUUUGGACGACAUUGUCGUAGGUGCUCCUUUCUACAAAAGCAAGUCGUUUAAUGAAGGAGCCGUUUACGUUUAUUUGGGCAGCAAAACGGGAAAAAUGCAGACUCCAAACGAAGGCCACGUGAUCAUGCGUAACCAUCCCAAUGGGCAUUUUGGAAUGGCAGUUAUGUUUUUAAACGAUAUCGAUGCAGACGGUUUUGGAGAUGUUGCUGUUGCCGCCCCAUUUCAAGAUAACGGUGUGGUGUACAUUUACCAUGGUACAGCGAAAGGUUUGAACCCGUCGCCAGCUCAAGCCAUUGAAGGAAAAAGUGUGUAUCAGAACUUACAAGGGUUUGGUUUUAGUUUCUCGAAACCAUGCGACGUUUUCAACAAAAAUGUGAGCGAUUUGGCGAUUGGCUCGUUUUUAUCGGGACACGCGGUAAUUUUGAGGGGAAGGCCCGUUGUGAUUGUGACAACAUCUCUGGUAUCCAUACCGCCAUAUUUAAAUAAAAAUGCCACCGAAUUCAUUUUACAGGUGACAUACGUUGUUGAGAAUAGACACAACCCAAAUCAAACUAUGGAAAACAUAAUAUUGAGGAGAAGCAUAGAAAUGGACCCACAUUUGAAAAGAACCAAUUUUUCCCCCUCCACUAAGAACAUUACGGUAAUUGUUGGAACAACUUACAACGAAAAUAUAACCGUUAAAAUUGACAACACAAUCAAGGAACCCAUUCCCGUAAAGUUGACGUACGUUUUCCUCGACAAAGAGCUGAAAAAAUCGAAAAAAACCUUCAUUAAAAAUGAGACAACAAACAAUUUUAGAGGCGAUUUGUUUUGUCCGAGUUGUCCAAUAAUCGACAAGAAGAGAUCGAGCGGGCCAAUAGCAAUACCCGUAAAUUUUAAUCUAGAAUGCGGGGACGACAAUAUUUGCCAAUCGAAUUUGACGAUGGAGCUUCGACUGCUAGAUUUACACAACAAUACCUAUAACGUUGGUACAAAUAAAAAGUCCUUUGUAACACUUGAGGUUGAUAUUCAAAAUUCUGGCGAAUUUGCUUACUCCAACGAAUUAAUGGUAAAAUUACCAAGGAGGAUGAAGCUUCAAAAAGAAGACAUGUUUUGUAAUUUAAUUAAAAAUGAAACGAAAGGUUUCAAUUGCUCCCUAAUUCGUCCCAUAGUUGGAAAUAGUAGUAAACAGGUGAAAUUUGAUUUGGACUUAAAAGAAGCCAUAUCUGGAUCUUUUAGCGGGCCCCUUUUAAUAACUGUCGACCUAAAAACAAAACAUGAAAAUGAAAAGAGAAAAGAAAUUACCCUGAACAUAGUUAGAGACGCGGAUAUUUAUUUAGACGGCCGUUCGAGAGCCUACAAACUAAACAAAAGAGGUUCAACGAAUUUCACACAGACAUACAGAGUUGUCAAGGAAGGUAGCAGUCCCAUAGGAGAAGUUGAAGUAUCACUUACAUUCCCAUCUUCUAUUUCACAGGACGCUAAAACAUUUACACAAUUUAUAGAUAUACAAAUACCAAAUAAAUGUAAAAAUCUGCUUGAUGAAGAAAAUAGUUUCAGUAAAAAAAAGGAGGUUCUUCAACUGGAUCGCAAUACCAAAUUAAAAGAAUUAAAUUCCAGCAAACAUAUUGAAGUUUCAAGUUCCUUGUAUCCCUUAAAUAUUGCUAAAGCUAGUAGAAAAAUAAAAUGCAUAGUUGGACCAUUCGACCAAAAUGUCCAUGAUGAAUCAAUUAAUUUUACCAUGCAAUUAAAUCAAUCCGCAUUGUUUGAUGCCCUUGGAGGACCAAAGAAGCAAAUUUUGUUUGAAUCUUAUGGAGAGGCAAAAAUAAUACCGUCAGAAUCUGAUAGCGAAUUUAUAGAAACAGGAAAUAGGUCCAACAAGUACACAGUAUCUACUGUUUUUCUAGAUAAAUUGGAGGCUAAAGAUAUCUCGAUUUGGUACGUUGUUGCGGCUGUAAUAACUGGGAUUUUAUUACUACUGAUACUGGUUGUUAUUUUGAUAAAAUUAGGGUUUUUCGAAAGGAAAACCAAGGAAAAACUAGAAAAGCUCAAGGACGGGAAUAGUGUUUUGUUGAGAAAUGGUAACAAUAGUGCGAGUAAUGAUGAUUUGUUAAGUAAUGAUAACUUAUUUACUCCACUGCCUGACAAUCUUGGGGAGGCAAAUUAUGAAACUCCUGAAGAAACCUCUUUUGAGGGAAGAUGCAAUUAAUUAAUAUUGUAAAAAUAUCUAAAGUAAUAAAAAAAUUUAUGAAGAAAAUCACGUGUUUCAAUUUAGUUACUUUCCCAAUCCAUGUUUAAAUAAGGUAAGUUUUUUCGUAAAUAAUCUAUUUAUUAAUUAAAAAUAAAUAGACAAUAAAAAAGCGUCAUAGUUUAAAUAACAGUUUUUAUUUAAAUCAUACUAAAUUCUAAAUAUUCAAAACAAAUAGGUAUCACAAAAGUUAUAAAGUAUGGGAAUGAAUCUAUAAAAAUAUAUUUCCAACCUAUUCUCCUCCUGAUAUUUUCUUAUCAAACAAGAACUCGCCCAAAGCUCCAUGUUUGUCCAUGAGUUUGUCCAAGUUGGAAAUUUUGGAGGCAAUUUCUUUUUGACCGUGGUACUGUUCCUCGAGGAAGUCUCCAGUAAGGUAAUCCACCAA